AUGGUCGUCAAGGGCUCUUGUAACUGCGGCCGCAUCCGCAUCACUAUGGACAAUCCCACACCAUCUGGGGGCGGCGUGAUGAUUUGCUACUGCCUUAAUUGUCGAAAGCAGAGUGGCGCCGCCGGCACCUAUGUCGUCGUGGUGGAGAACAAAGACAUGGUCUUGACCGGUAGUCCCAAGAAAUUUCUCGACACCAAUACCGCCUGUGGCCGGCCAUUGGAUCGAUAUUUCUGUUAUACCUGUGGAUGUCCGAUUAUGUAUCGAAGUGAGACUGUUUUGCCCGGAAAGUCACUCCUCAUGUUCGGUCUCUUUGACGAUAUUCCCAAGCCGGUGGCAGAGGUGUGGACCAAGCGUCGGCCGGAGUGGAUCCCAGCGACUUCAAAAGUUCUACAAUAUGUGACGGAUAUUCCUGACGAUGUGAGCGGAGAGGAGGCCAAGAAACUGGGCUGGUGA